AUGGCGGAUGCUCUCCCAGCCUUGACACCGCAAGCCGCCUGUAUUCGCCUGUCACGAAGGUGGGGGACAACUUUGAUGGCUGUGAAAGCUUGGCAUGCCACUUGGGUUCAAAGUGUCGGCGGUGAAGAGGGGGAGUGUGAAGAUGUGGACAGAGAGGAACGCAGGGGCAUGAAGGUGCGAUGCGAUACACCGCCACCACCGCCACCUUCGACCCCUCCCCCGGGUCAGCACAGCCGAGAGGCCACACGAUUCUUGUCCUGGAACGUCUACUAUGCCAACGAUCUGCUGGGCCGUGCAGGUCAGGUUGCAGAGGCCAUCCUCGAGGUAGACCCAGAGAUCGUCUCCCUGCAGGAGCUCUGGAACGAAUGGGAUGAGAUCCUGGCAGAACUGAACCAGAAAUCCUCUGGAGACAUUUGGGAGUUCGCUCGUGGAGGUGACACGGAGUCCAAGUGGGACGGAGACAUUGUGUUUCGGCGCGAUUUGUGGAUGCUUGAAGACAGUGGCAUGCAUGCCUUCGAGGACCGUGGAAUCAGCUGGGCAGUGCUCCAGCGACGCCGUGAUAAAACCGGUGUGGUUGUCCUUGGAACCCAUCCCUGGUGCUGUACCAACGACGAGCCCAUUCUUCGAACCGUGCAGGAUGACAUUAUGGAGGUGAUCCAAGAACAGAGGGCCCGACACCCGCAGUACCCCGUCGCAGUUCUGGGAGACAUGAAUGCAAACUUCUUCGCGGGAUCCCAGUUCCUGAUGCGCGAGGGCACACGCAGAGCUCGUGGUCGUGAUUGGAGCAUCCUGCCGUACACAUUCAAGGACUCCUACAACAUCAACAACAACGACCCGGAUGCAUCGACUGGCUUCGGGGUGAAGAUCGACUUUGUCUAUUUCGAGAAGACGCCGCUGCCCAUGGGACAGGUGGUCGACUCAAAGAUAUGGAGAGGCUGCGACAAAGCUGGCAGCGACCACUGUGCCGUCUCUGGGGACAUCAUACUGACUCCAAGAGGAACAACCGGCGUGCCUUCGACUACAAGAGUUGGAGGUCAAACCUCCACGACGAUUACGACAACCCGCUUGUCCGCUCAGCUGUCCUGCGCAGACUUCGGGACAUGGCCGGACAUCGACGAAGUCACCUGCGGCAACUGCACGGCCCUGGUCCUCACUGAUCCACACGGCGGCCGUUGCCAGACCUUCUGCAGCUCCUUCGGUCAUGUUUGCGUGGCAGCCGCAGAGGAAGUCGACGAGGGAUGCGAGGUGCAGGAGCAAAAGAGCUGCGACGAACAAAUCUCUGGGACCUCCGACAUGCUGUGCACCUGCGUGCUGCCGACUGAGCCAGGAACAACCGGCGUGCCUUCGACUACAAGAGUUGGAGGUCAAACCUCCACGACGAUUACGACAACCCGCUUGUCAGCUCAGCUGUCCUGCGCAGACUUCGGGACAUGGCCGGACAUCGACGAAGUCACCUGCGGCAACUGCACGGCCCUGGUCCUCACUGAUCCACACGGCGGCCGUUGCCAGACCUUCUGCAGCUCCUUCGGUCAUGUUUGCGUGGCAGCCGCAGAGGAAGUCGACGAGGGAUGCGAGGUGCAGGAGCAAAAGAGCUGCGACGAACAAAUCUCUGGGACCUCCGACAUGCUGUGCACCUGCGUGCUGCCGACUGAGCCAGCUUGGCGUCCACUUGGUGGACCCUCGAAUCGUGUGUGCAGAGGGGCGACCUCGAAGGACAACUCCGCCAAGUACUACCAAGUUGUCUCUGCCGACACUUUGGAGGAUUGUCAAACUCUGUGCUCCUUUACUGCGGGCUGCAAGGGCGUGGAGUACUCGGCCCGCGGCAAGCGCUGCGAGGUCUGGACGAGGCCAGAGGGCAUCGGCGCCACCGCCGCUUCAACCGGCUUCGUUUGCCUGGAGAAGGCUGCAGCUGAUGCCAAGCCGAUGCCCCUGAGUUUCAGGCCCGUCGACGGCGGAGAAGGUCGUGCAUGCCGUGGUGCAGGUGGUCGGAACGAGCCAGAAUUCUACCGCGUUCGCAAAGCAUCGACGCUGGAGCUCUGCCAAGGCCUAUGUGCACUGACGGAAGAUUGCAUGGGAAUAGAGUGGAGCCUCAAUCGCUGCGAGCUUUGGUUGUCACCGAUUGAAGCUUCACAGCCUGUGCGCGGCUUUCAAUGUCACAGCGCUGCUGGUCGCAUCAUGACGGCGUGA